AGAAGAAGAAGAAGAAGAGAUGACGUAUCAACAAAGUGCCGGAAGCUUUUCACAAAUUCAAAAUGGCCUACCAGACACUACAGCAGGAGUAUUUGCAGAUUCCUGUUGUCACCAGGGCAUACACAACCGCAUGUGUCCUCACAACUGCCGCAGUGCAACUAGAGCUCAUCACACCAUUUCAGCUCUACUUCAAUCCAGAUUUGAUUCUAAGGAACUACCAAGUCUGGGAGGAGAUCCACCAGGGCACCAUCUGCCGACUCAUCAGAAGAAUGCCCAGACAUUGUCGGGAGGCACGUGGGGGCCAUACACACUAGUAUGGCGAAUAAUAACCAACUUCCUGUUUUUUGGUCCAGUUGGCUUCAAUUUCCUGUUCAAUAUGAUCUUUCUUUACAGAUACUGCCGUAUGUUAGAGGAGGGCUCUUUCAGGGGAAGAACAGCUGACUUCGUCUUCAUGUUCCUCUUUGGUGGUUUUCUGAUGACUAUAUUUGGUACUUUUGUAAGUCUUGUGUUCCUAGGCCAAGCUUUCACUAUCAUGCUAGUAUACAUUUGGAGUCGACGAAAUCCAAAUGUGCGCAUGAAUUUCUUUGGCCUGUUGAAUUUCCAGGCACCCUUUCUGCCCUGGGUCCUAAUGGGAUUCUCACUUCUGCUCGGCAACUCCAUCAUCGUGGACCUUUUAGGCAUUGCUGUUGGUCAUGUCUAUUACUUCCUAGAGGAUGUUUUCCCCAACCAGCCUGGAGGUGGAAGGUGGCUCAAGACCCCAUCUAUCAUAAAGAUGUUGUUUCACACUCCAGAGGAAGAUGCCAACUACAACCCCUUACCUGAGGAGCGCCCAGGAGGGUUUGCUUGGGGUGAAGGACAGCGCCUUGGAGGUUAAAUGUGGCCUCAAAUCAUCCUUGGUUGUCAGGUCACUUCCAAGAAUAUUCCCUCAGAGAGUUAAGGGGAACGAACAUGGUCUUUGCUUUUGACAUAAUUUUUUAUUUCUGGAUGAAGAAUGCCAAAACCCCUCUUGCUGCCAGAUCAUUGCUGUAAGACUAUUACAGAGAACACAAGCUUCAUCUGGAACUUUGAGCAGUAAGCCUUUGGGCUCAGCUGAUUUUUGUCUCAGAUGUAAACACAAUUUUCAUAUGAAAGAGGACAGGAACAUUACAACAGUAAAAUCUUAUCAAAAUGAAUAGUUAAGAGGGCAAGUGCAUUGUUUUUCAUUUCACCUUUUUAAAGAAUAAAUGUGUGUAUCAAA